UCUGGUCAUGGUGGCCGCGGCGAUGGCCAAACCUGCGCAAUUGGGCCAUGGCCAUGGCAUCAACGUCCACCAUGCGGGCACCCACCAUCAUGGUGUGGACGUUCACCAUGGACCCCCGAUCUACACUCCCGCCAGUCACCAUGGAGGCGUAGCUCACCAUACCGUCGAGGUCCACCACGAAGCCGCCGUUGUGCCUGUUCCCGUCGUCAAACCUGUUCCAGUGGUUCACCCCGUCCCUGUCCCUGUGCACCCGAGCGCCCCAGCUCACUACAGCUUCAACUACGGCGUUCAGGAUGACUACAAGGGCACCAACUUCGGCCACGCGGAGUCUCGCGACGGCUACAAGACGGAGGGCGUGUACUACGUGCACCUCCCCGACGGGCGCCUCCAGACGGUCAAGUACUACGCGGACGAGCACGGCUUCCACCCUGAAGUCAGCUACAAGGGCGUCGCACACCACGACACCGGACUUGUACACCACUAAGACCCUUUUUUUUUUCGUUGGAAUUCGUUCGUGUUUUCCAAGUAUUCGCUCUUCAUUUCACAGGUUCUCGAUCACCGUGUAAAUUGUACUUAUACUACUACAUUUUCUUGACUUUUCCCUUCUGAUAUUGUACAGUAUAUAAGA